ACGAGCGUCACUUCCGGAGAGGGCGUUCGGCCGGAACAGUCGCCGGCGGGGAGGGGGAAAAAAGGGGGUCCGUUCAACGAGACACCGAAUCCGGUAUCGGCCAUUUUAUCUGACCUGCCAUUGUCGUCGUCGCGUAACAUCGCGCAACGAUUCAUUCGCGCGCUCCUAAUCACGAACGUUGCCCCCGAGCCGCUCGCAUUUACGAGCGCGCACGUCGUCUCGGCGUGAAAUUCUGUGGUCUGCUAAUGCGUGGCGUUUCAGAGAGCUCCCCGACUCGCGCAAUGGCGGAGGAUUUGGAUGUCGAGGCGAUGCUGGAGGCGCCGUACAAGAAGGGGGUAAGCCUUGUUUCUCCGCCACUUUUAUACCGCUCUGUUUCUUUACUACCUUUUCUCUCUCUCUCUCUCUCUCCCUCCCUCUCUCACUCUUUCUCUCUCUAUUUGAUCUCUGUAUCUCGCCGCCGUUUCCGCCCUCGCUCACACUCGUGCGUCUCGUUGUACAUACCGGAUGGCAAGACGUGCCUUCCAUUUAUGCAUUUUUUUUUUAAUAUACGCACUCGUCGCCCUGUGAGAGAAAGGGAACCCAUCAUUCCCGUCCGUCCCGCUGUUUCUCUCUCUAUUUUUUUAUUCACUCUCUCUCUGUGUGUGGUUUAUGGAUAGUUUUAUGUACAAGUAUAUAUGUAUCUAUAUAUAUAUAUAUAUGUAGAACAAAGUACGCCCUUGUCUCUCAUGUACCAACUAUUGAUCAACACCUCCGUUUUCUGUACUUAUAGAUGGUACGUAACAUGUACCCUCGCGCUCAUAGGAUGUGCGCCAGCGAGUUCCUUGCACUUGAAAGACGACGAGGAGCAGGACUCCUCUUCCAAAGACAAGUCCUCCAAGGAGAAUGGGUCUAGUCGCAAAUCGUCUGGGAAGAGCAAACAUCGCUCGCGUUCUCGUUCACGAUCCCGGGAUCGCGAUCGCCGGGACAAAGAUCGGCGGGAUCGCGACAGAGACAGGGACCGGGACCGCGAUCGCGGCGGCGAGAGGGAUCGCGAUCGCGGCGACCGCGAACGUCGGCGCAGGUCACGGUCGCGCGACAGACGAGAUCGGGAAAGGGAUCGGGAUAGCGAUCGGGACAGGGAUAGGCGGGACAGAGAUCGGGACAGGGACAGAAGGAGAAAGAGAUCGCUAACACCGCUGACCCUUCCUAGAGCUCGACCGCCGUUCGGCAAGGGCCACAGUCCGCUUGGAAUAAACGACGAAUUGACACCAGAGGAACGAGAUGCCCGGACUGUCUUUUGUAUGCAGUUAAGCCAGCGAAUUCGUGCGCGCGAUUUGGAAGAAUUCUUCUCAAGCGUCGGCAAGGUGCAGGAUGUCAGACUUAUUACAUGCAACAAAACUCGAAGAUUCAAAGGCAUUGCCUAUGUUGAGUUUAAAGACCCAGAGAGUGUGACACUUGCUCUUGGUUUAUCGGGUCAAAAGCUUCUUGGAGUGCCUAUCGUAGUACAACAUACACAGGCUGAGAAGAAUCGCAUGGGUAAUUCGAUGCCGAAUCUAAUGCCUAAGGGACAAACAGGACCUAUGCGACUAUACGUAGGAUCUCUGCACUUUAACAUAACGGAAGAUAUGCUUCGCGGGAUCUUUGAGCCGUUUGGAAAGAUUGAUAACAUACAGUUGAUUAUGGAUCCUGAAACGGGACGCAGCAAGGGUUACGGUUUCCUGACUUUCAGAAAUGCAGACGACGCGAAGAAAGCGUUGGAGCAACUGAAUGGAUUCGAACUCGCUGGUAGACCUAUGAAAGUUGGAAACGUAACGGAACGAACUGACCUGAUUCAAGGACCUUCCUUACUCGAUACCGAUGAGCUAGAUCGUAGUGGAAUUGAUCUCGGGGCGACUGGAAGGUUACAAUUAAUGUUCAAAUUGGCGGAGGGUACCGGCCUGGAAAUUCCUCCUGCUGCAGCGAACGCUUUAAAUAUGGCACCAGUGAUGGCGCAGCCGCAACCACCACCUCAGGCUGCGCCUCCUAUUGCGACACAGUGCUUCAUGUUAUCGAACAUGUUUGAUCCGCAAAACGAGACGAAUCCUAAUUGGGCAAAAGAGAUCCGCGACGAUGUGAUCGAAGAAUGUAACAAGCACGGCGGCGUUCUGCACGUAUACGUGGACCAAGCAUCACCGCAGGGCAAUGUUUACGUCAAGUGCCCGUCGAUCGCGACCGCGGUGGCGGCGGUGAACUCGUUGCACGGUCGAUGGUUCGCUGGCCGAGUCAUAACCGCAGCCUACGUGCCGGUGGUGAAUUAUCACUCGUUAUUCCCCGACGCGAUGACUGCGUUGCAACUGUUGGUACCAAGUGCGCCGCGAAGAGGAAUGUGAUGAUCUUAAAUGAUCGAGCGAGCGAGCGAGCAAACAAGCGAGCAACAAUCGUCGUCGGCUGAUGUGUAAAUUCUUGCGUAGUAUUGCGUUCUCUCUCUAUCUCACAUACUCUUGUUGCUGUCCGGUGAAAUCGCAUUUUUUAUUUCUUGAUAAGACGGGGAAAGGAGGCGCACCUAAGCAACAGGUUUCAACGAUACGUUGUCACUUGUGUCACGUUGCAUAAAUUCAUUGUAGCAGUCUAAACGUGCGAUAAGUUCGAUUUGUUUCAAGGCACAGCCAUUAUUUACGUGAUAGCAAUCAAAAUUUGCGACAGUUGAAGGUUGUGACAGUCGAGUUUGACAUUUUGCAUCUGACUACAUGCGAAUUAAAGGAUCUAUGGACUCCAAAAUAUAUGAUUUUUAUGCCACGUUGUGUAUAUAUAUUUAUAUUAUUUCAUAAUUUUUUUAUUUAGUUUUCCCUUGUAAUAUGAAGCAAUAUAAUAUAAAGCAAAUAUUGAUUGUUCUGAUUUUUUUGGCGAUACUACAAUGUAUUACAAGUAUGAAAUUGAUGUCCGUAAAGGCAAUAUGAGUUUGAAAUCAAAUCUUUUUCUUUGCCAAAAAAAAACCCAAAUGAAAAUAUUCGUAUCGCGUAAAAUAACUAAAAGUCAUAAGGAUGUCAAGUUAGAAUCGAAGUAUUAACAGUUAAGAAAAUAAUUCGUGUAACUUUGAUUUGACAAUUUUCUUCUUUUCCUAAUUACAGACUUAAAUGUUAGCGCGAUGCGGAUUUUUCACCUUAUGUAUCAAUGUAUUAUGUUCCACAGUUGAAGUAACAUGUUUCAAGUCGAUCGUUCAUAGCAGUUACGUUGAAUAAAGAAGAGAAAGGCCUUAAUCCUUUCAUUCUAGUUCACGUAUUAAGUUUGUAAAAUACGAGAAAUAUCUUAAUUAAAAGAAUAAAAAAUCUUGUCAAUUUUGUAUCGCCUAAUUAAUCAAUUCUAUACAAUUCCUGUAUUAUUUUUUUUAGCUUGUGUCCUUCCCGACUUAUAUCCACGCAAUUGUGAUAAUAUUAAGUAGAAAGAGAAAAUCUAAUUUGAAUCUUUUUCUAUUCUCGUCUUAGCUAAGAUUAUAAAAAGUGAAUAUUUUCUUCAGUUAUGUGUUAUUACACGUUUGUAUUUGGGGAGGAAAGGAUUAAGGUGUGAUGGUUACAACAGGUCUUAGUGGCGAGAAUUACUUUAGAUACACAUUAGAUUUGUUACAUUUAUACAGAAGUGGAAGCAAAGUGUGAUAGAAAAAAUAGAGGUCUGCAGGUACUAGAAACUUUUCACUCGAAUGGUUAUUUCUCACGAUCAAGUACUCUUCUACAAUUUAGAAUAUUACAUUAGAAUAAGAUGUGAUUUUAAUAAACAAUACAAUUGUGUUAUGUGAUCAAGAUAUAUAUAAAGAAAUAUAAUCCUUACUAUAAAGUUUUACUCUCUUCAACCAAUAACAUACAAUUUUUAGUAUCGACAUCGGUUAUUGUACCGAAUAAUGGACCAAUUGAAGUGGAUUACUUGAUGUCGCUUUUGAAGCCGGAAAUAAAUCUCGUUAAAGUGCUCCUAUAUUAAACAGAUGAGAAAAAAACAGCUAUUGAAUUAGUAUCGAGUAGAACGAUUCAUUAAAGAACAAAGCAAUUACUAAGAUUGCUAUGUAACAAACAGCAAUCUUUCUCAUUUGCGUAUAACGCUUUUCUUUUUCUGAUUGAUAAAUAGCUGUGUUUAAAUCUAGGGCUCUACAAAGGAUAUCAAAAUUAAAAUUUUUAAGAUAUCGAAACAAGACUGACUAUUUAAUUCGCAAAAUAGAGCUGUAGAAAUUUUACUUAUGAUUAAAUUUACUCAUUUCAUCUGUGUGACAUGAUUGGUCAUUGAAUAAUUUAUAAUUCUCGAUCAGAUUUUCAAUUAGAGAAAGACUUACAUGUCCAGAUUUUGCAAUCAUCUAUUUGUGGAAUACCAACAUCAUUAAAUAUAUACGAAGUGUUUCAUGUAAAGCAAUAUAAUCAUGUAAUAACUUUUACAAAUCUACGAUAGAAAAGAGCAUAAAUGAGACAAAAAGAAAAUUAAUCGAAUAAGAACCGAGAACACCAAUAUAAAAAGGGUAUAUGUUUUAAUUAUCGAAUAUUCAUGGAAGCAAAAUAAUUUUUCCUGUUUUUCCAUGAUAUCACCAUUUCUUUUUACGUGAAAUGCUUUGUAAUUUAGGAGUCAAAUAGCUGCAAGCCAUAGAAUUUCUAUUCGUCACACGUAAGUGUAGACUGUUAAAAUAAAAAAAUUUCGAGUUUUCUCUUAAAAUAGAAGGCACUAAAACCGAUUUUGCAUAUUGCAGUAGAAAGUAUUUCAAGUUCGUUAUCUGCAGACCUUUAGUCGAGCCGAGCCGUCGAAGAAAGAAACGAUUAAUCUGUAAAUUUUUGUAAAUUAACUCUAUAGCUGUAGACAUAAGCAACCGUCAUUUUAUUGUACCUUCGUACUACUGAAAUAUGAAUGUACACUUUGAUGAGAUAAAUGAAAUUAAUGUGAUGCACCUGGAA